GCAACUUCUCUCGCUCAACUGUCUCGUUCUCAAAGUUGAUGGGGAGCCGAAUCAGAUCUUCACGGUCAAGAUUCUGAAGACCGAAAACGUCAGCACCCUCAAACGCUUGAUCAAGGAGGAACAGUCCCCUCGUCUCAAUCACGUUGUUGCCUCAGAGCUUAUCCUCAGCCAGGUCUGCCGACGCGUAGAUGAUGACCCCCAUGAAAGUCUCAAAGAUGUCGAUCUCACACCAUUGAAGCCGCUCCUACCGCUCUCGCAAGUGUUCCCUCGUGUGGAAGGGGAUCACCUGCACAUCGUUGUUCAAGCACCAACUGAUGAGGGCUUGAGUACUAAAGAUGCAGGAGGAGAGGAGAGGAGAGAUCAGCUCAAGUGUCGUCCUCUUACGCCAGAGUACAUGCUUACCCACGAGCCGUGGUCCGGUCCUUGGCUUCCACCUGAAUACAUCCUCAGCAAUCCUCCUCUUAUGUUUUUUGGUAUUGGUCUCCAGUUUACUGCCACAGACAUGCUUCCUCUUGCCCAGGCUCUCGGGGUACCCACCACCCCAGGUGAAGGAAAGUCCCUGCUCCUGCUUGAGAACAUUUAUAUGGCUGUUCGCAAGAGUAUUCGUGAGAAGUUCAAGUCACGGUGGCCAGUCAAAUCCAGGGGAAUUAUAUCGCCCAACACGAAGAUGACGCGAGUGAUAUCCAUCUCCGACAAUACCUUGGACACAUUAUCUCACUGGCGUUCGACUGUGGACAAUGACCUUGACUCCAUCAUAUGGAAAGAACUGCAGAACGCCGCAGACGCUCUGUGUGCGUUGACAGGAAGGGAGCCCAAGUGGUACAUAGGCGAUCGCAAUUGGCCAUAGCGUGUUUGGAAUGUGAUGCCUGCUUGUCCUUGUAUCCUUGUGUUCACGUUCACGUUCCCGUUCCCCUCCUCUUUCCUUGUCCUUGCACUCCCGCUCCUGCCAUCAUCCUCUCUGUCCUAUCACCUGUAUACUAGGGCAAAAGUUUUUUUGCAACGUUUUUUGAUAUAACUACUGUAGACCUAAAAUGUUGGGUCAAACAAAUCCCUUAUGUUCUCCAAACUUUUUUCACUAUAGUACGGCAUAUGCAGCACGGUUACGUACUUUAAAAUGAAAUCAUCCAUCCAUCCAUCCAUCCAUGUAUCC